AUGCAUUACUCUACCUUCAUCGCCUCCAUCAUGGCCGCUGGUGCCAUGGCCGCUCCUCACUACAAGGUCGUCACCCAGUACGAGUACGUUACCCAGGUCGUUACCGCCGGCCACGAGCAGGCCCGACCUACCUUCAACUGGGAGCGCCCCGCCCCCGUUGAGGUCAAGCCCACAAAGGUCCGAUGGGAGAAGAAGCCUAAGCAGACCUACGUCCCCGCCCCCAUCGAGGAGACUCCCGUCAAGGAGGAGGAGCCCGAGCUCGAGCCCAAGGAGCCCGCCUCCGGCUCCGGUGGCAGCUCCGGUUCUUUGACCUCCGACCAGCAGAAAGCCGUCGAUCUUCACAACGAGGCCCGCAAGGAAGUCGGCAACCCUCCCCUCGAGUGGGACGACUCUCUCGUCGCUGGUGCCCAGGAGUGGGCCGACAAGAUCGCCGCUCAGGGCAGCCUUACUCACUCCCAGGGUGAGGAUGGUGAGAACCUUUACAUGGGUACCUCCUCCACCCCCUUCGCCGACGCCGUCGAGGCCUUCGUCAGCGAGAAGAGCCAGUACAACGGUGAGACCAUCUCUGGCUCCAACUACAUGGGCUUCGGUCACUAUACCCAGUGCAUCUGGAAGUCCACCACCAAGGUCGGCAUGGCUGUCGCCAAGAGCGCUGAUGGUGCUUCCUACGUCGUCGCCCGUUACCAAACGCCCGGUAACAUGAUCGGUGAAAAGCCUUACUAA